AUGACCACAGACUCGGGUUCCUGCGCCAUGGCAGCCGCCCACGAGUGGCUCGCAAGCCAAACACAACCCUCGCAGCGGAAGUCCACCCAGAUCCCCAGUUCGAGAUCAAUACCCCAGAUCUGCCCCUCAAGACUACACACCACCGAGCCAGCACGACCCCUCGACAUCGCAACCAUCCAGAAUACCCUUCAAACAACCCCAGAAACAAAAGAAACAGUCCUCUACCUAGCCUAUGGCUCCAAUCUCAGCGACGAGACCUUCCUGGGCGCCCGCGGCAUCCGCCCGCUCUCCCAAAUCAACGUCCUCGUCCCAGAGGUCGUCAUGACCUUUGACCUCCCCGGCAUAGCCUACAAAGAACCCUGCUUCGCCAACAUCCGCUAUCGAAACGCUCCAGCCUACCCCGCCACAACAGACGGCCCAAAGCAGAAUACAAACGAAUACCACAAAGACCGCUGGCACAAACCCCUAGUCGGCGUCGUCUACGAAGUCACCCUGAAAGACUACGCCCACAUCAUCGCAACCGAAGGCGGCGGCGCCGGCUACCAAGACGUCCUCGUCGACUGCUACACCUUGGACCGCAACCCGCGCCUCGCCGUCCCCGAAUUCCCCCAGAACGCCCCAUUCAAAGCCCAUACCCUUUUCGACCCCGCUGGCCAGCACCGCGCCGACCCGUCUUACGCACAGCCCUCAGCGCGGUAUCUGAAGCUGAUCACGGAUGGGGCUAUGGAGAAGGGCUUGCCGUACGAGUAUCAGGACUAUCUGCACCAGAUCCGGCCGUACAGGGUGACGACAACGCCGCAGAAGAUCGGACAGCUAUUCUUCCUGGCGUUCUGGGGCCCAAUAUUCAUGGCAUUAAUCAAAUUCGGGGGGGUGCUGUUCGCGGGCAAAGACGGGAGGUAUCCUGCUUGGUUGGCGACUGUCAUGCAUGUUUGUUUCGGCGCGGCAUGGACAUCCUACGACAAAGUCUUCAAGCCCACAUUCGGCGACGGCGAGCGAACAAUCGGCGAGACCGACGACGAUCUCAACGAAAAGGCACCAUUGAUACGUGACGUUAUCGAGAGGUAUGGCGUCGGAGGCCGCAUGGGAGGUCAAAUGCAAGACGAUUCUGCUGUCGGCCCCAAAAGCGCCGAUGAUGAUCUUCUUCUCCAGGACUAUCAGAUGCGGUUGAGGCUACUGGAGCAACAGAACAAGACACGUCUUAUGAUGGCGCGUCAAGAGCAAGACAACCAGGUCGAUCGUGACGACGCACCAAUGGCCGGCAUGGGAGGUACAGGGAUUGGUGGUGAUGGGGUCUGA